UCCUGCAGACCCUACAGUAGCCAUCAGGCUACAGUAGUCUGCACUCGUGAACAGGGUGCUAGUAUAAGAACAAGGAAUUUGUAAUUUGUUUAUAAGUAUCAAAUUGGAAUUCGAGAUCAAAUUUGAUUGAGGUCUGAAAUACGUGAUUUCCCCACAUUCCUGUUCGAAGACAAGAUUACAAAAAUAAAAUGGAAAGAAUUGCACUUAAAAUUGAAACUGCACCAGAUGGCACAAAUCAGAUGUUUGCUCAACCAAUUAUGACUUACUCAACUAAUAUUCCAUAUAAUUCUUUAUUCAAAGAGGAACUCAUAAUUAUUGCGGAUGAUGGUACUAAUUUUUUUGAAAAACAGCUGCCAACUAACUCUCAAAUCAUUCAGCCAACAAAUGCUACUUAUGAAAAACUAGUGCCAGUUGUUGCCGAGCAAGUGACAGCAGAUGCAACCGUUGCAAAUAUUCUUAAUCUAGGCUCAGAGUUAACUGUAGCUCAAGGAAGAACUAAAAUAAAAUGCGAGUUGUACUGCGUUCAGUGCGAUCGAAUACUCGACGAGGAAACAAUUGUCCAGAAGGAGAAUCUCGAGUGCAAAGAGUGUAACACUCGGGUACAGUUUAAAUGCAAGAGCUGUCCAAAACGGUACGACCAGCUACGGGCACUGCACCGUCACAUACGAUACGAGUGUGGCAGUAUCAAGCGCUACCACUGUACCCAUUGUCAAUUCAAAUGCAUCCGCGAAAUCCAUCUUGAUUUGCACAUCAAGAAGAAGCACGAUGCCGAGUACUGUUUCAAGUGCUCCAAGUGCGGAAAGGUAUACGACAAGCGGUGGUGCCUCAACGAGCACGAGCGGUCCUGCGAAAUGCCGCUCAAGUGCGAAUUCUGCUCGUUCAGAACGACCCAAAAGCAGAGCCUCAACUAUCACAUAGGAGCAAUUCACAAACUUGCCCACAACGUCUUUUAGUAAGACUGAUGCCUGCCAGAGUAAGAUUCAUUCUUUAAUAUUCUGAUUCUUUUCUUAUGGUAUUUGUAAUAAGAGUUAUAGCUGAUUUAUUCCGAGAUUUUUUAAGUACGGAUAACAAAAGAAUGAAAAAAAGAUUUGUUUGUUUCCAUAAAGAUAUGAGUGUUGGUAUAUAUGUAACGUUAAUACCUGCUUCGAGCAUAUUUUAUAUUUUUCUAAAAUAUAACCGAUACUUAUACGUAAAAACUGAGAUGAUUUUGUAAAACGUGAGAAGAAACAGUUCUUUUUAUACUUUUUUCAAGAAUAUACACCAUAAACAUUUUAUAUGUACUUUACAAGUAGGUGACGACUACAAUCCAUUAUGAUUCAUUAAAAUUUUACAAAGAUCUGAUUAAUUGAGCUUUGAUCAAAAGAAGCUAUCGUGUUGUGAAUCUAAGGGUACAUUUAUAUACCAAUGAACUAAUUAACAACUAAAAAGAAAUAGAUGUUAUAGAUGUGAUAAAACAACCCCAUUUAAAUUAUUGUGACCGAGAAUGUUAUUCUUGUAGAAACAUUCUAAAUGUACGAAAUUUCAUUCCGUCGAUUUAUCGUUCAUCCAAUGAAUGUAACAAAUGAUUCAGAAACCAUUAUUCAGUGAUUGAAAUAAAGUAUCGAUUGGUUCAACAAUUAAUAGAAACCUAAAGAAAAUUUUUUUUCUUCAAACGUUCUUAAUCUAACUACACUCAUGAAAAUGUUUACUAUAUCCUAAGUGUUCUACAGUAGAGUAUAUAAUAAUAUAGCAAAAAGUAUACAGCUCGCAUUUUUUGAACUUGCUACAGCUUGUGUCAUCAAUAAACAUAACUAAUAAUUAAAGUAUAAGUGCGUUCAUAAAGAUUAACUUGAUAAGAAAAAUUUUAAAUAACAUCCCUCCAUCAUUUCCUUUUUUGAGAGUAAAAACAAACCAUUAACUCUUUUAGCUCUAAGUUUAAACAUAGGUAAUGUGUAUUGUUAAUCUUAAGUAAAGUUACAAUUGUUAAAACUAAUUAAAAAUUUUGAUACAGUAAUCAAUAACUUCGUCUUCUGUUAUUCGUAUUCCUCUUUUGACAGUAAAAAAAGAAAAUAGUUGCUUACAAAUAAUCAUUUUAAAAAGUUUUUUUCA